AUGCCCACAAACAUACAAGGAGAAGAAGUGAUAAUACCUCCUAAAGAUGAAGAGGAAAUAUUGUUGGAGAAAUUAGUAUUUGGAGAUGCCGCAGGGUUUGAAAAUAACUUGAAAAAAUUAGACAACUUAUAUGAUUAUUCAGACGAGGAGGAAGAGAUAGAUGAAAAAGGUCUGGAGAAAGAAUCAGAUAUUGAAGAUUUACAAGAUGAAGACCUAUUUUUUAUUGAUGAUGGGAAUAAUGAAGAGCAUAGCAGUGGUGAUGAUAUGGAAAUAGAUCAAUCCGAAGACGAAGAAGAAGGCGAAGAUCAAGAUUCAGAUAAUGCAUGGGAGGAUAGCGAUGAUGAAAAGGUUAACAUUUCCUUAUUAACAUCAGAUAAAUUGAAAAAGUUGAGAAAAACACCACAGGAUUCAGUUAUAUCUGGCAAGUCAUAUAUUAUUAGAUUGAGAUCCCAAUUUGAAAAGAUAUACCCAAGACCACAAUGGAUAGAGGAUAUAGAAAACAACAGCGAUGAUGAGAAAGACUUGUCGGACGAAGACAAGGUUGACGAUGAAGAAGGACAAGUAGGAUCAACAACUGCAUUAUUAAACAUCUUGUCAAGUACUGAAAAAUUCAUAAACACAAAGCAAUUGAAACUAAUUGCUGCAAAUAAAAUAUCUAUAACCAGAUUGAAAGAUGCAAACUAUAAAAGAAUCGGUAAAUCGGGUAUCCAGACCAUUGACUUCCAUCCAAACUAUCCUAUUUUGCUAACAGGUGGGUUUGAUAAGACUAUUAGAAUUUACCAAAUUGACGGGAAAUCAAACAACUUUAUCACUUCAUACUUUUUGAAAAACUGUCCAAUAAUGGAAGCCAGCUUCUAUCCACAAUUGUCAGGCGAUGACACCAAAACCAGCAACUUAAUAUAUGCUAGUGGUCGAAGAAGAUAUAUGAAUAAAAUCAACUUGUCAACUGGGGAAAUAGAGAAAAUCAGUCGAUUAUAUGGGCAUGAGCAGACACAAAAGUCGUUUGAGUACUUCAAAAUAAGUCCUCAAGGUAAAUACAUUGGAUUGACUGGUAACAACGGAUGGUGUAACUUAUUAAAUGCUCAAACCGGGCAUUGGGUUCAUGGGUUCAAAAUUGAAGGAACAAUAGUCGACUUUGCAUUUGCCAACGAUGAAUCAUUUAUUAUGAUUGUAAAUUCUGCUGGUGAAGUAUGGGAGUUUGCUCUCGAAGGGAAAAUCACUUCCAAAACCCCAAACAAAAUCAUUCGCAGAUGGUACGAUGAUGGUGGUGUCGGAAUCACAAAGCUACAAAUUGGUGGUAAAAACAAUCGUUGGGUCGCCAUUGGUAACAAUAACGGGAUAGUCAAUAUCUACGAUCGAUCAGUAUUUGCUCCUGAAACAACACACCCAAAACCAAUCAAAACAGUGGAAAACUUAAUCACAUCAAUAUCUUCGUUGGUUUUCAACCCCGACGGACAAUUAUUAUGUAUUGCAUCAAGAGCUAAACGUGAUGCUUUGAGGUUGGUGCACUUACCAAGUGGUUCAGUGUAUAGUAACUGGCCAACCAGUGGCACACCUUUAGGUAAGGUUACCAGUAUUGCAUUCUCGCCAAAUAACGAGAUGUUGGCCAUUGGGAACCAAACCGGUAAGGUCACUUUGUGGCGUUUGAACCAUUAUUAA